AAGUUUGACAAAGCUAUGGCAAUAGGAGACAUAUGGGUCCCAGAUAAUCACUAUUUCCACCAUCUUGCCACUCCAUUAUCACAUCUCUCUCCCCUCUUUUUCUCUCUUCCUCUGUCUCUUUUUUGCUCCCAGAAGACUUCCUUACAUUCUCGUCUUUCCUACAAAAAAUCCUUAAACAUCCCAUUUCUUGUAAUUUUUCUUGAUGUUAUGGAACCAACUUUAGGCUUGCUAGGUGGGAUUGGGGCCGGAGGCGGUGGCGGUAGAGGAGGUGGUGGAGCUGGUAGCGCAACCUUGUCUUGUGAUCAGACUGGUUUAAAUGUACCCAAUUCUGAAAAAGACUACAUGGACAUUUCAAAAGAGUCUGAGCUUGAACUGGGAUUAGGGCUGAGCCUUUGCAGCAGCGGCGGUGGUGGUGUGGAGGCGAAGGGUAAGGGGUCUGCAUGGAGUGAAUAUGGAAGGAUAUUGACUGCUAAAGACUUUCCCAAUGGGUUUUCAGCUGGGAGUGGAAGGGCUGCUGCUGGAACAAAGAGAGCUGCUGCUGACUCUGUAGGUUCUGCUGAAGGUGGCUCUCCUUCUACUGGUGUCAGUCAGGUUGUGGGAUGGCCUCCUAUAAGGGCAUACAGGAUGAACACCUUAGUCAACCAAGCAAAGACUUCAAAUACUGAAGAUGGUGAGGGAGUUGGCAGGGACGAAAAGAAGGAGAACUCGAAGAAGAAAAUCAAUCAUGGAAAUGACAAGAAUGAUUCGACCAUUAAAGAAAGAGAUCAUCUAGGAUAUGUGAAGGUGAAUAUGGAUGGAUUACCAAUUGGAAGAAAGGUGGACUUGAAGGCUCACACUAGCUAUGAAACUUUGGCGCAAACUUUGGAAGAGAUGUUCUUCAAGCAUCCAUCGAGGAAGAUCCGUAGUGGAAAGGAACAAUCAAUGCAACCUUUUAAGCUUUUGGAUGGUUCGGCUGAGUUCGUGCUCACAUAUGAGGAUAAAGAAGGAGACUGGAUGCUAGUCGGAGAUGUUCCAUGGGGGAUGUUUCUCAGCACUGUGAAAAGGCUCAGAAUCAUGAAAAUUUCAGAGGCGAAUGGACUUGGUAUUUAUGCAUAUUAUGUUACAUAGCUUCACUUUUCUUCUGUCGCUUCGUUGUUAGC